AAAAUUGAAUAUUGGGCAUUGUGUUACUAUGUUUUAAAGACUCUGGAUUUAGUUGUCAGUCUCUGAAAUGUGUUGUCUCUUGCUUUGGAAGACAAUUAAAUUACUGGCUGAUCACUUGGUGCCAGUGUAGGUGUGGUGUGGCACUUGGUUAGUACAGAUCUGUCGGCAGCACAGACUUUAACUUGGCAGGGCGCAAACUCUAACUCCGUCUUUCCUGUAGAUCUUGUUAGGGCCUGGUUUGAGAUUUUAUUAGACUGUGUUUAGAAGAGGUCUUACUCGAGGGCAAGGUCCUUACUCCUAAGGCAUAUCUCAGCUGGACUCCAGGGCUGUUAACUACGACCUACUUUUUAAAGAUAUUGAGAUGUAAUUCACAUACCAUACGAUUCACUCGUUUUAAGUGUAUAAUUCAGUGGUCUUUAGUGUGUUCACUGUGUUGAGCAACCAUCGUCACAAUCAAUGUUAGAACCUUUUCCUCCCCCAGAAGAAAUCCCACACCCAUUAGCAGUCACUUCAUUUUCCCCUAACUCCCCUACCAGCCCUAGGCAAACGCUGAUCCACUUUCUAUCACUAUAGAUUUGCCUAUUCUGGACUUUUCAUAAAAAUGGGAUUGUGCAAUAUGUGGUGUUUUGUACUGGUUUAUUUCACUUAACAUAAUGUUUUCAAGGUUAAUCCAUGUUGUAGUACUUCAUUUCUUUUGUGGCCUACGGAUAGGCCACCUUUUAUUUAUCCUUUCAUCAGUUGAUGGAUAUUCAGGUUGUUUCUACUUUUUUGCUAUUAUGAAUAAUGUUGCUGUCAACAUUUGUACAUGAGUUUUUGUGUGGAAAUAUGUUUUCGUUUCUUUGGGGCAGAUACCAAGGAGUGAAAUUUAGAAUUUGGGUCAUUUGGUAACUCUCUGUUUAACCCUUUGAGGAGGUGGCAGACUGUUUUUCAAAGUGGCUGUACCAUUGUAAAAUGCCACCAGCGGUGUACGAGGGUUCUGAUUUCUCCACAUCUUGUCAAUACUUGUUAUUAUCUGUCUUUUUAUUAUAGCCAUCCUAAUAGGUAAGGCCAUGGGCUGAAUUAUUUCCCCCAAAAUUGCCAUGUUGCAGUCCUACCUCCCAGUGUGGUGAUGUUAGGAGGCGGGCCUUUCAGAGUCAGCUGGGGUUAGAUGAGGUCAUGAGGGUGGGGCCCUCAUGAUGGGGAUUAGUGCCCUGAUAAGAGCAAGAGACACCAGAGCUUGCUCCUCCUCCCUCUGCCACUUGAGGACACAGUGGGAAGGCGGCCAUCUGCAAACUAGGAAGAAAGCCUUCACCAGAACUCAGCUGUGUUUGCAUGUUGAUCUUGGACUUCCAGCCUCCAGAACUGGAGCCCGUCUCGGAAGCCGUCAGUCCCCGGGGUCGUCCCCGGGCCCUGGGGGGGGGGCGUAGGCAGACCAUGCCCAGCCCGCCUGCCCUGCUCGCUGCUGCCGCCGCGCUGUUCGCCUGCUGGGCCCCGCUUCGGGCCGCGGCCAGCUCCUGGUGGUCUUUGGCUAUGAACCCGGUGCAGAGGCCUGAGAUGUUCAUCAUCGGGGCGCAGCCCGUGUGCAGCCAGCUCCCCGGGCUCUCCGCCGGCCAGCGGAAGCUGUGCCAGCUGUACCAGGAGCACAUGGCCUACAUAGGCGAGGGGGCCAGGACGGGCAUCAGGGAGUGCCAGCACCAGUUCCGGCAGCGGCGGUGGAACUGCAGCACCGUGGACGACGCCUCCGUCUUCGGGCGGGUCCUGCAGAUCGGGAGCCGGGAGACGGCCUUCACCUACGCCGUGAGCGCGGCCGGGGUGGUCAACGCCAUCAGCCGUGCCUGCCGCGAGGGGGAGCUGUCCACGUGCGGCUGCAGCCGGGCCGCGCGGCCCAAGGACCUGCCCCGGGACUGGCUGUGGGGCGGCUGCGGCGACAACGUGGACUACGGCUACCGCUUCGCCAAGGAGUUCGUGGACGCCCGCGAGCGCGAGAAGAACUUCGCCAAGGGCUCGGAGGAGCAGGGCCGCGUGCUCAUGAACCUGCAGAACAACGAGGCCGGCCGGAGGGCUGUGUAUAAGACGGCUGACGUGGCCUGCAAAUGCCACGGCGUCUCGGGGUCCUGCAGCCUCAAGACCUGCUGGCUGCAGCUGGCGGAGUUCCGCAAGGUGGGGGACCAGCUGAAGGAGAAGUACGAUAGCGCGGCUGCCAUGCGCAUCACCCGCCGGGGCAGGCUGGAGCUGGUCAACAGCCGCUUCAAGCAGCCCACCCCCGAGGACCUGGUCUACGUGGACCCCAGCCCGGACUACUGCCUGCGCGACCAGAGCACGGGCUCGCUGGGCACGCAGGGCCGCCUGUGCAACAAGACGUCCGAGGGCCUGGACGGCUGCGCGCUCAUGUGCUGCGGCCGCGGCUACGACCAGUUCAAGAGCGUGCAGACCGAGCGCUGCCACUGCAAGUUCCACUGGUGCUGCUUCGUCCGCUGCAAGAAGUGCACGCAGGUCGUGGACCAGUUCGUCUGCAAGUAGCCAGGGCCGCUCUCCGGUGUCCCUCCGCGCUCCCGCACAGAGUCUAUAGGAUAUAAAUCUAUAUAAAUCUAUUUUAUAUUUGUAUAAAGAAAAGGAUGGAUGGCAAAUAAUUGAAGGAAGAAAACGGAAAGGAAAAGCCUAUUUAAGAGACGCUGGAAAUCUUGGAGGAUUGGGUUUUCCUGGUUCUCUGCUCCCAGUGGGUGGGAAAGGGGCUCUGUCCCCGCCCCUGGUGGGGGACUCUCAAGAGGUAGGGACUUGGGAAUGUUCCCUGUCUACCCACCGCGGCCUUGAGGACAGAGGUGGUGCUUGGAAGGGGAACUUGAUCAAGUCUGGAGUCUUUGCUGGGUGGGUGACUGCCCUGCGACCCUGGCCUCUGGGCCAGGUGGCCCCGUGGAGUGGCGGGAAUCCAGCCUCACGCCUGGCAUCUUCUGGGUCUCGUCCAGAACACCGACUGGUUCCAUGAGAGGUCCAGUGCCUCCUUGCACUUUCGUCCGUGUGCGUACUUGCAGAAUCCACAGUUACAGGAAAGAGGACGGGCCCCACGCCGUCUCUGGGGACCACAGGGGGACAGCUCCUCCCCAGACCCCGGGGCCUGCCUUUCCAGCGAGAAUUACUUUUCCUCCGCGAUUCACUGGCUCCUGCACCAGGAGGGAGGGGUCGUUUGACUUGAUGCGUCAGGAAAGACAUGGACUCUCUGUGCCUGAGCUGCAGAAAGCCAGCUGCUGGCUGGCGAGGGCGGAUGGCGCCGGCUCCCCCGCAGGGAGCAGACGCUCUGAGGCUUCUGCUGCCCCC